GCCCGAUCCGGCCUGAUGACCCGAUCCGGCCUGAUGAUCCUAUCCAGCUUGAUGACCCGAUCCAGCCUGAUGACCCGAUCCAGCUUGAUGAUCUGGUGCCCGCUACCCAGCCUGAUGGCCCGAUCCGGCCUGAUGACCCGAUCCAGCCAGAUGACUCGGUGCCCGCUGUCAUGCCAGAUGACUCGGUGCCCGCUGUCAUGCCAGAUGACUCGGUGCCCGCUGUCGUGCCAGAUGACUCGGCGCCCGCUGUCGAGCUUUAUGACUCGGUGCCUGCUGCCUCGCCUGAUGGCCCGGUGCCCACUGCUCCGCCUGAUGGCCGGUGCCCGCUGCUCCGCCUGAUGUGCCUCUGUCCGCUGCCCAGCCUGAUGUGCCUCUGUCCACUGCCCAGCUUGAUGUGCCUCUGUCCGCUGCCCAGCCUGAUGUGCCUCUGUCCGCUGCCCAGCCUGAUGUGCCUCUGUCCGCUGCCCAGCC